CCCUCGGCGCGUGCGUGAUAAAGGAUCAAUGCGCGGGCCCGGUGGUAGUGCUCGAGUGGAGUUCAGAGGCGCGUGUUUGUGUGUUUUUGUGUAGUUUUGUGUAGUUUGUGUUGCGGCGCUUGUUGGCCAUCAGCACAGAAGCGGGUUAAAUGUAGAAGCGGCGCACGAUGGCGGAUCUCUCUCUGCUGCAAGACUCGCAGGAGGACACGGACGGAUUGCUGGACUUCGUGUCUCAGGAUGAGAUGUUGACUCCGAUGGGCCGACUCGACAAGUACAUCAGCAGUGAGAACGUCUUCAACAGGCAGAUGGUGGCCCGCAGUCUUCUGGACACACUCCGAGCCAUCAGCGAGGAUGAGCGCGAGUGUGUGUCCGUGUUGGAGAGGAUCGACAGACUCGCAGACGACUCCGAGCCGACGGUUCGAGCGGAGCUCAUGGAGCAGAUCCCACACAUCGCCAUCUUCUGUCAGGAGAACCGGCCCUCCAUUCCCUUCGCCUUCUCCAAGUUCCUCCUGCCCAUCGUGGUCCGAUACCUGGCCGACCAGAACAACCUGGUCCGUAAGACGAGUCAGGCGGCGCUGCUGGUUCUGCUGGAGCAGGAGCUCAUCGAGCGAGGAGACGUGGAGAGUCUGGUGUGUCCCGUUCUGGUGGACCUCACCGCUCCUGACAGCAACGACGACGUGAAGACCGAAGCCAUGGCGAUCAUCUGUAAAAUGGCGCCGAUGGUGGGCAAGGACAUCACGGAGCGGCUCUUUCUGCCGCGCUUCUGCGAGAUGUGCUGCGACUGCAGGAUGUUCCACGUGCGCAAGGUGUGUGCGGCGAACUUCGGGGACAUCUGCAGUGUUGUCGGAGGAGAGGCCACAGAAGAGCUGCUGCUGCCCCGGUUCUUCCAGCUCUGCUCGGAUAACGUGUGGGGCGUGAGGAAGGCCUGCGCCGAGUGCUUCAUGUCCGUGUCCUCGGCCACGUCUCCAGAAGUGCGGCGGACCAAACUCUCCUCUCUGUUCAUCAGUCUGAUCAGCGACCCCUCGCGCUGGGUGCGUCAGGCCGCGUUUCAGUCGCUGGGUCAGUUCAUCUCCACGUUCGCGAGUCCCAGCGGUCACGCGGGUCAGUACUUCAGAGACGAGGCCAACUGGAGCGAGACGCAAACACACAGCACAAGCACAGAGACGCCAGCUGUUUCCCACAAUCCCUCGGGAUGUGAGGAGGAGGUCGAGUGGCUUCAUGAGGAGACGGAGGACCGCGAUUCUCCCACUCCAGCGCCGGAUGAUCCCGAUCCACAUCCACAGGAGGAGCAGGAGAUCUUCAACUCCUUCCAGUACUGGAGGACACCCAUCCCAGAGAUCAACCUGGACCUGCUGGAGGAAGAGGAGGAGGAAGAAGAGGAGGAGAAAGAGGAAGAGAAAAGGGAGGAGGAGGAGGAGAAAGAGGAGGAGAAGAACCGGCCGUCCGCUCCGGCGCUGGGGAGGAAACAGCUGGAGGAGCUCAUCGAAAACCUGGAGCCGCACAUCGACGACCCGGAUGUCAAAGCACAAGUGGACGUCUUAACGGCAGCUCUGAGAGCCACGACACUGGAUUCAGGACUAGAAGACGCUUUCCUGGAGCCCCGAUCGGCCCAAUCCAAUCCCUUCAGUUCCCAGAACCCCUCUGAGCUCCUGUCAGACAACACACAGAGGCGUGAUUCGGCCGAUGAUUCUGACGUGAGCGACGGCAGCGCCAAUCCUGACGAUGAGAGGAAAUCGAAACAGCAGGACGUGGUUCCUCAGGCGUUGCUGGAUCAGUACCUGUCGAUGACGGACCCGUCGCGCGCUCAGACCGUGGACAUGGAGAUCGCGAAGCACUGCGCCUACAGUCUGCCCGGCGUGGCGCUAACGCUAGGACGCCAGAACUGGCACUGCCUGCGCGACACCUACGAGACGCUGGCCUCAGACAUGCAGUGGAAGGUGCGGCGGACGCUGGCGUUCUCCAUCCACGAGCUGGCUCAGAUCCUGGGCGAUCAGCUGACGGCCGCGUAUCUGGUUCCCGUCUUCAACAGUUUCCUGAAGGAUCUGGACGAGGUUCGCAUCGGCGUCCUCAAGCACCUCUACGACUUCCUCAAGCUUCUGCAUCAGGACACGAGGAGGAAGUACCUCUACCAGCUUCAGGAGUUCCUGGUGACCGACAACAGCCGCAACUGGAGGUUUCGCUCCGAGCUGGCCGAGCAGCUGGUGUUGUUGCUGGAGCUGUACAGUGCGCAGGAUGUUCAUGAUUAUCUGAGACCGCUGGCCUUCUGUCUCUGCACUGACCGAGUCUCAUCCGUUCGCUGGACGUCCUACAGACUGGUGAGCGAGAUCAUCCGGAAGCUGUCGUCGUGCUCGUCUCUGCUGGUGGGUUUUCUGGGAGAACUGGUGGAGAAGUUCUGCCACUCUCGGAAGUGGUCCGGUCGGCAGGCGUUCGCCUUCGUCUGUCAGCUGUCAGUAGAGGAGGAGUGUGUGUCCCUGGAUCAGUUCUCGGAGCAUCUUCUCCCUCCGCUGCUCCUGCUGGCGUCGGAUCCCGUUCCCAACGUGAGAGUCCUGCUGGCCAAAACCCUGAGGCAGACCCUGCUGGAGCGAGAGUUCUUCCUGUCGUCGGCGGGCUGCCAGCAGGAGGCGCUGGAACACACACUCGUGUCGCUGCAGACGGACGUCGACAAGGACGUCAAAUACUUCGCCAGCGUCCAUCCGGCAAACACGCGAGUGAACGAGGACGCCAUGAGCACCACGUCCUCCACAUACUGAACAGCUUUCCCAGAAUGCACCUCACUACAGGACCUUUUGUGGGGGUUUUGUGCAUUCUCUCUUUUAUUUUUGCCACAGAAGCCUUAAACGUGUCUUCCUUAAACCAGAGAAUACUUGAACAGCUGGAGAUAUCAAACGACUAACCCGUUGACAUGUGACCGGAUGAACCGGCUCUAAUAUAUGCUGCACACACAUACACACACACACACAUCUCAAGGGCUCUUUUAAUCUUCAGCGCAGCACAUUGUUGCUCUGACGGACUCCGCUUAGACGAGUGUUUUUUAACGAUAUCACGAGUGGUCCAUGUGAACAUUCAGUCUGAACUCACUUGAAGCCUUGAGUGUUUUAAUGCAAACUCUUCUGUAUAUAUUCCUGUUUUUGAUCAUGAAUAGCUGAUGAUAUUCUCUUAACCUGUCCAGAAUAAAAUUUCAGAUGAAAUCA